GAGUGUAAUUGUCGUUUCUUCUCUUCUCUAUUUUUUAGCAUAAAACAACUAGCAAAUAUUUUGAUACCCUCUGAUAUCCGGAAAAUUCGGAAUAUUGGCAUUUCUGCCCACAUUGAUAGCGGCAAGACAACAGUCUCGGAACGCAUUCUGUAUUACACCAAUCGUAUUUCUUCCAUGCAUGAGGUUCGAGGCAAAGAUGGCGUUGGGGCUGUAAUGGACUCCAUGGAACUUGAACGUCAACGCGGGAUCACCAUUCAGUCGGCUUCGACUUACACCACCUGGCGCGGUCACACCAUCAACCUCAUCGACACGCCCGGCCACGUGGACUUCACGGUGGAAGUGGAGCGGGCUCUUCGUGUCCUCGACGGAGCUGUCCUCAUUCUCUGCGCCGUCGGUGGAGUUCAGAGCCAGACUCUGACGGUUGACAGACAAAUGAAGCGCUACAAGGUCCCAAAUGUGGCGUUUAUUAACAAGGUGGACCGCCUCGACGCCAAUCCUGACCGCGUUCUCCGACAAAUUGACAAGCUCCAAUACCACGCGGCCUUCGUGAACAUUCCAAUCGGAUUGGAGUCCAAAAACGUGGGCAUAAUCGACUUAGUGACUGAGAAGGCUGUUUACUUCGACGAACCUCAGGGCCUAACUAUCCGCGAGGAGGAGAUUCCCAAGGAGAUGGUUGCCGAGGCCAAGGACCGUCGGGCUGAAAUGAUUGAACAUCUGGCUAAUGCGGACGAGGAGAUUGGUGAAGCCUACCUGUUGGAGGGUUCGCUUUCUGUGGACCAGCUGAAGGCGGGCAUCAGACGCGCCACUCUCGCCCACCGCUUUACCCCCGUGUUGGUGGGCACGGCAUUGAGAAAUCGUGGUGUCCAACCCCUAAUGGAUGCCGUCGUGGACUACUUGCCGAAUCCCUCGGAAAUUCCUCACUUUGCUCUCUUCGAAAAAGACGGGUGGCGAGACGACAAAAAUUCCUCUGGAUGGAUCUCGAACUUCCGACCUGGAGGUUUGUUCCAUCGAUUCCAUCUAGCGAGCAAAUUUGGCCAGCUCACGUACACGCGCGUCUACCAGGGUUGUUUGAAACGCGGUGAGUCGGUGCGCAAUACUCGAACCGGCAAGAAGGUCCGAGUUCCGCGUCUUGGUCGAAUGAACGUCGACACCUUCGAGGAGUUGGAGGCUGUCUACGCGGGCGACAUUGCCGCCCUCUUUGGUGUUGACUGCGCCUCCGGUGACACCCUUGUAUCACCCAACACCCCCAUGGAAAAGCUUUCCAUGGAAUCCAUGUACAUACCAGAGCCUGUUGUCUCCAUGUCCAUCACACCCGUGGACAAGCACAACGUGGACGCCUUUAGCAAGGGCUUGGCUCGUUUCACGAAGGAGGACCCGACCUUCCGUCUGCAGCACGACAUCGAAAGCGGGCAGGCGCUGGUCUCUGGCAUGGGUGAACUGCACCUUGAGAUCUACGCGCAGCGUCUUGCUCGUGAGUACAACGCGCCGUGCGUUCUGGGCAAGCCGAAGGUCGCCUUCCGCGAGACCCUUCUUGAGGCCGUGGAGUUCGACUACCUGCACAAGAAGCAGUCAGGCGGGGCUGGACAGUACGGCCGCGUUAUCGGCGUGCUGGAACCCCUACCAGCGGAGCUCAACACUCAGGUGGUCUUCUCGGACGAGACUGUGGGCACCAAUAUCCCCAAGCACUACGUCCCAGCCAUCGAAACGGGCUUCAGGAACCUGUGCAACGCCGGUGGCAGUCUGUGCGGCGCCAAGGUUGUUGGCGUGCGCUUCCGCCUCCAAGAUGGCGCUCAUCACUGCGUUGACAGCAGUGAUUGGUCGUUCCAGUUGGCCGCUGAAGGAGCCAUGCGACAAGGUUCGUGCAAAUGGACCAUCUUGGAGCCAAUCAUGCUGGUCGAAUGCGUAGCACCUGCUGAAUUUCACGGCCAGUUGCUCAGCUCUGUGACACGCCGCAACGGCCUAAUAGUUGAUACUGACGUUAGUAACACGCAGGCUCGCGUUGUGGCCGAGGUCCCCCUCAAUGACAUGUUCGGUUACGCUGGCGAGCUGCGCGGCAUGACCGAAGGCAAGGGUGAGUACACCAUGGAGUACUCCAAGUACUGUCCGGCGCGCUCCGACACCAUGGAGGCAGUCAUCGCUGAAGCGGAGGCUGCUAGACAGCAGCAGCAGCAACAACAACAGCGCCAGGAAUCCGGUGGUGGCGCUUCGAAGACGAAGAAAAAGAAGCGCAACUAG